AUGGCUGCAGCCGCCUCAUGCCAACCCUCCGCCACCUACAUCUACAACUCGCUUGAGUCUCCCCGCACCCACUACUCCCAGCAUGGCUCAACCUACUGCCUCGUCGCUUCUCCUCCCCAUAGCGUGGACGACCGCCAGGGUGGCCAAGAGCAAGAAGAAGACGCUAACCUAACGCUCCCUGUGCUCAGCCCUGCCGCCGCCGCCGCCGCCUCUCCUCUCAGCCCAGACCGCGCAUACUUUCCGCAUCAGCCCAAAUCCCUCGCCGGCAUUGCCGUCCGGUCCUUUUGCCUGGGAGUCGCCCUCGCUAUUGGCGUGGCGGGCACCGUCGGGCUGGCCCUUUUCUGGCCUAGUCCGCUGUGGCGCCUGCCGUUCUUCCUGGCUGCGCUGUCGCUGUUCCACUUCCUCGAGUUCUGGACUACGGCUGCCUACAACACGCGUGCCGCCGAGGUCAGCUCGUUUCUGUUAACCGCCAACUGGCCCGGCUAUGCCAUCGCGCACAGCUUCGCGACGCUCGAGUGCUUGGUCACGAACCUGGUGUGGCCUGAUCGGGCGUGGACCCCAGGGCCGGCAGCCAGCGGCGCCACACUGUUGUGUCUGCUCGGCCUCGUGCUCGUCAUAGUCGGCCAGAUAGUGCGCAGCGUUGCCAUGAUCCAGGCCGGCCCCAGUUUCAACCACCUCGUACAGCACCAGCGCACGGCCGGCCACGUCCUCGUGACGACGGGCAUCUACGCCCGACUCCGCCAUCCCAGCUAUUUCGGCUUCUUCUGGUGGGCCCUCGGUACCCAGGUGGUACUCGGCAACCCCGUUAGCUUUAUCCUGUAUGCUGCCGUGCUUUGGAGGUUCUUCAGCGCUAGGAUCCGCAUCGAAGAGGACUUUCUCGUGCGCUUCUUUGGCGACGAGUAUCUCGACUAUCGCAAGAUGGUCGCCACCAGAAUCCCCUUUGUGCCAUAAGAAGCUUCUGCAGAAUUGGAAUACAGAGUGGGAGGCGUUACUUGCGCGAAAUUGGGGUUUGUAUAUAACUGUACUACCAUUAGUGCACCGGUACGGGUAUGGGUGUUGCGGCUGGCUCUAUAGACAGGGAACUUAUAAACCUAACCUAUGCUCUGACACGGUACUUUACAUUAUGCCCAGCUUGUGAUUUAGCUUGCGUGCUCGAGAGAUCCUGGUGCAUAAUACCUAUUUAUUCACUUGGAUUCUGAUUCGUAGGCUGAACAUAGAAACCUAAUAAAGACGACCUUAGGAUCCAAUUUCAGUGAAACCAGUGACCUAGGUGUCUUCAGUAUCCUAAGUAAGUAACUCGUUAGUUUUGGACUU